AAAAAAAUAAUCAAAGAUGGCUGCGUUCAGCGUUAAUAAAAACGAAGUCUGUGAGAAGCUUUUUUAAAAAUGUCAUAAUUGUAAAAUAUUUAAAAUUGAUAAUUAAUGGAAAAUAUUUACUUAAACCUUCUCCCAGAAACACUUAUCCCAGGUAGCACUGUAUUGUUUGAAAAUUGAAAGCUAGAGCUGAAUUUUUUUAUUUUAGUUUAAUCGGGACUCUCGCAUCUCAGUAGAUUUCACUAUGCCUGAGAUUAAAGUAACACCAUUAGGUGCUGGACAAGAUGUUGGCCGGAGUUGCAUCCUGGUUUCGAUCGGUGGUAAAAAUAUUAUGCUGGAUUGUGGAAUGCACAUGGGAUACAACGAUGACCGGCGUUUCCCUGACUUUUCGUACAUCACCCAAAACGGACGUCUAACCGAAUUCUUGGACUGUGUCAUCAUAAGCCAUUUUCAUCUGGAUCAUUGCGGAGCACUGCCCUAUAUGAGUGAGAUGGUGGGCUAUGAUGGACCAAUAUAUAUGACUCACCCAACCAAAGCCAUAUGCCCCAUCUUACUGGAGGAUUUCAGGAAAAUCACCGUUGACAAAAAAGGGGAAACUAACUUUUUCACAUCACAGAUGAUCAAAGAUUGCAUGAAAAAGGUGGUGCCUUUGAACCUCCAUCAGACAGUUCAGGUGGAUGAUGAGUUGGAAAUCAAGGCGUACUAUGCAGGGCAUGUGCUAGGAGCUGCCAUGGUACAGAUCAAAGUUGGAGCAGAAUCUGUGGUCUACACUGGUGAUUAUAAUAUGACACCAGACAGACAUUUAGGGGCAGCAUGGAUUGACAAGUGUCGUCCCGAUGUCCUAAUAUCAGAGUCCACCUACGCAACCACCAUCCGGGACUCAAAGCGCUGUCGAGAGCGAGACUUCCUGAAGAAGGUGCAUGAGACUGUGGAGAGGGGGGGAAAGGUCCUUAUUCCAGUCUUUGCCCUGGGAAGAGCUCAGGAACUUUGUAUUUUGCUUGAGACAUUCUGGGAGAGGAUGAACCUCAAAGCCCCCAUCUACUUCUCGACUGGUCUCACAGAAAAAGCCAACCACUACUACAAGCUUUUUAUCACAUGGACCAACCAGAAAAUCCGCAAAACCUUUGUGCAAAGGAACAUGUUUGAGUUCAAGCACAUCAAAGCCUUUGACCGGUCCUAUGCUGACAAUCCAGGGCCAAUGGUGGUUUUUGCCACCCCUGGGAUGCUGCAUGCUGGACAGUCCCUCCAGAUAUUCAAGAAGUGGGCUGGCAAUGAGAAGAACAUGGUGAUCAUGCCAGGCUACUGUGUGCAGGGAACAGUGGGACACAAGAUCCUGAGUGGCCAAAAGAAGCUGGAGAUGGAGGGAAGAACGACGCUGGAGGUGAAGCUGCAGGUGGAGUACAUGUCUUUCAGCGCCCACGCCGACGCCAAAGGCAUCAUGCAGCUGAUCCGCAUGGCUGAGCCUCGCAGCGUGCUGCUGGUGCACGGCGAGGCCAAGAAGAUGGAGUUCCUCAAGGACAAGAUUGAGCAGGAAUUCAGCAUAAGUUGUUUUAUGCCAGCCAAUGGGGAGACUGCUACUAUAGCAACAAACCCCAGUGUGCCGGUGGACAUUUCCCUCAACCUUCUCAAGAGAGAGGCUGCCCUUGGAGGUCCUCUGCCUGACUCCAAGAAGCCACGCACGAUGCACGGCACACUCAUAAUGAAGGACAAUAGUCUCCGCCUGGUCUCCCCUGAGCAGGCCCUCAAAGAGCUCGGCCUCAAUGAGCACCAGCUGCGCUUCACCUGCCGCGUGCAGCUGCAGGACCCCCACAACGACGCCGACACGCUCAACAGGGUCUACAGCCACCUCAAGAGCGUGCUGAAAGGCUACACAAUCCAGCACCUUACUGAUGGCACUGUUAUGGUGGAAUCCAUCGUCCUCAAGGUCUCGUCCUCUGCUGAAGACCCCAAUACAAAGGUGGUUCUGCUUUCCUGGAGCUACCAGGAUGAGGAAUUGGGCAGCUUCCUAUCAUCGUUGCUUCGGAAAGGGCUUCCAUCUGGAUUGUGCUGAAUUCUCUGUGAGGAGAAUGACAUUGUACCUCUUUGUCUGUGCAGGACUGGUUCGAAUAAAACUUUUACAAUAAAACAUUGAAUCACA